ACAUAAUGGAGUCAGAGAUUUGUUUAAAUGCCAAUUACUGUGUGAAAGACUAAUUUGGUACUUUAAUGACAUUAAUUUUUUUUUUUUUAUUGGCUUGAGACCUAACAAUAUACUGUUCCUUAAAAUUUCAGGUUAAUUUUUUUUUUUUUACCAAUUUGGAUACAUCAUGCAUCUUUUGGGACAACAAAACGUACGGAGGGGAUAAUUUUGUAAAAGAGCUAGAAGAGAACGCAGCUGCUUCAAACCAUUAGAACUUUUGAGCUCCAACGCCACCGCGACAGUGCCGCCAAACGCCAUCUUUCUCGCCAACGACCAUAACAGACUUUGUUUCUACCACCACCACAUCAGUUGUACGCGUCUUCCCUUCUCCCUCUCUCAAACACGGCGACGCCCGACGGCGAGUAGCCGGCCACGCCACUCUCCUCUCCCUCCCUUUCGAUUACAAAGCUCUCUCUCUCUCAACAUAUUUUCUGAGCUGCAAAUUAGGGUUCUUCACUAUGAAUAUUGAUAAUUUCAAGAAAGACAUUGAUGUACUUAUAGCUCAAUUCACUCAGGAUGAAUCAAAAACUUUGGCUGAUAUGAAGAGAGUAUGGAUUUCUAAGAAGUUUUCCUACAUUUAUGAAGCUCGUCCUUCGACCAACUUGGCCUUCUUUAUGCAAUCUCUGUAUGCUCAUUGUAUAGGUUACAUGGUUAGCACAGGUUCUUUAUCAAACAGAUUGGGUGGCCUUUAUUGCCUCUACUGUCUUUAUGAGACUCAACCAUUCAAGCCACCUUUUAAGGUCUAUAUAUCCGUUGGAGAGUUAAAGAAUCUUAGAGUCCUUGUUGUUGAUGCAAAGGCAAAUGAUAUUAGAGUGGUGUCUGCUUUAGUCAAAAGAAUGCUGGAAAGAAACAUGUUCCUUUUUGGCAUUGUCGACUUAGUGGAAAGUUCUGUCACAGAAACAGUAAAUCAACUCCAACAAGUACAGAAUACCUGUAUUCAAAUUGCAUAUAAAGAGUUGUUUGAUAAAGAGCCUAUUGAAAACUAUGUCUGCAUGGACCUUGGAAUGGAAUUCGAGCUUAAUUUGCUGAAGAAAAUGUCAGCUGAAUAUGCCGAGGCCAAGAAUGUAGCUGUUAAAGAAGCCAGCAGUAUAUUGGAUGUCCAAAACAUAAAGCACAUAUCAGAAAACAAGGAACUGAUAGGAGAUGUUGUGGAGAAGAUUGCCGAUGAUUGGCAAGUCCAGAAACAAACAUUUUAUAAACAAACAGGAUUGGGGGAGAAUGAUUGGCAAGUCCAGAAACAAACAUUUUAUAAACAAACAGGAUUGGGGGAGAAUGAUGGAUAUGUAGUGGAGCUGGAGCAAUUUCUUCUGCAGGAGAAUUCAGAUGAUGAUGAGAAUAAUCAAGACUGAAGACAAACUUCUAAGUUGUAAUUUCUAGUGUACAGGGAAAUAACAUUAGUUUAUAGUCUUUUGUUUAAAUUGCGCGUCAUUUCAAAGAAGUGUAUUUUUUUCUUAGAAGAAAAAGUCCUUUGUAUUGGAAAAUAUAGCAUUUGAAUACUUAACACAAGAAUUAUAGAAAAAUCUCGCAUAAAAUCCAAGAGGAAAA